GCGUACGUCCUCCAUGCCGUUUCAUCAUAUAGCUUAAAAGUGCUACAACUGCUAGGACCCUCACUCCCUCGCACAGAGCCGUGAUGGUUGCCGAAUCCUUCCUUCUUGAGGAAACAAGAAAAUUGCAGCAUGCGAUCACAUGCAGAGUAUCACGGGCGGGGCAGCAGAGGGACGGUGCACCGCGCGCGCACACACUGGCCAAGACGUCCAUCCCCACCUUUCUCUCAUCACUGCGCCCUACUUACUCGGUUACUCCUUCCACUCCACUGCUAGUGAGCUCCGAUGCGUCCGUCCGUCCGUCCGUCCGUCCGUCGAGAUCCAGGAUGAUCCCGGCCGGUGCUGCAGCUGCUGCUGGUGGAGCGGCAGGGAUGAUGCGCAUCCGCGAGGUCGCACGGGCGCACAUCGUCCUCGGGUGGGCCACCGCCCUCCUCGCCGUCCUCGCCCUCAACCUCCCGCCACAGCUUCAGGGGACGUGCAGGACCACCGAGGAUGAGGUGGCGCACAUGCGCGUCGACGCGCUGCUGCUGCUGCUGUCCAGCGCCGCCCAGGCCGCGGCGGCCACGGUGGCCGCCUUCGCGUUGGAGGACUGGCGCACGGGAGUGCCCUGGAGCUUCGCUGUCUUCGCCCAUGGGAUGGGUGUCGCCACCUUCUACCGCCUCGACAACGUCGUCUUCUUGGUGGCGCGCGUCACCGUCGGGAGCUGCCCCAGCAGCCAUGUGCUCGUCCACGGGAACCCCCUGGUAGCCCACUUCAUUCUGCUCGCGGUGCCCCUCGGUCUCUUCUUCCUGUUCGGCGUCUGCAAGUUGAUCUCCGCACUGGUAUACCCUUAGUUGAUAUCGAUCGAUGCGUCACGCGUUGCUUCUCUACCCAUUUCCCUGCAGUACUAGUGCUAUAUCUGUUUUGGAGCACUCUUUCUACCUAGCUUGCU